AUGUCUUUCUUCGUCAAUCGCGCUACACUCGGGCUUGCUCUCAUCUCUCAAAAGAUCUUGCACUAUGCCCUUGAGGUGACCAUGAACGGGCAUGUGUACAACCACGAGCACGCCAAUGACCGUAUCAAUUUCCGUAACAUUAUUGUCAAGUUGCAUGCCUUGCUGCGUGCAUACGAGGCCGUUGGUGGCAAUUUAUCCCACGACCGUACCCUCGAGCGCACCAUCCGUGGCUUUGUCGCUUUCACUGAAGGCUUUAUUGCCCAGCACACCGAGAUUGUGGCGCCCUUUCACCCUCAAAUUCUCUACUUCAAGCCUGAAAUGUGUGGCGAGAUCGAGACCUUCCUGUACCGCCAGGACGAACAUGCCGAUGAGGAUCGCUACCCGCAGACGCAGGCUGCUAUGCAAUCCGUGAUGAACUUCUUCGUCUGGCGCACUGACACCGAGAGCGCCAAAUACAUGUCGUGGCUGUGGGACGAGGUUCGCCAGAAUAGCGGCGCAAUUCAGGAGUCGAACGACACAGUCUCGUUCCUGUACCGUCCUGCAGCGAUGGGCGAGAUUAUGAGUCCGGCAAGCUGCAUCGAGAUCUCGCGUGCUGAGUUUGAGGCGAAUGUACAGGAGGCUGAUCUUUGGCAUGAGCAGUCGGUUCCAGGUCUUCGCUUUGGUGGGUCUGUGUACGAAGACGAUUGUGUGGUAGGAUCAUCACAGCAGGCAACUGUCGGGUCGAUGGAGUCGUAG